AUGGGUGUUACCGAAAUAAAAUCCAAAGAGCAGUUCAACGAGCUCGUCAAGACCGGUUCAGGCGUCGCUCUAAAAGCUACCGCUCAGUGGUAUGGCCCCUGCAAAGCCAUAUCGCCUGUCUUCAACAAGCACGCUGAGGUCUACGCAGAAAAGCCUGUGGUUUUCGCCCGCUUUGACACAGACCAUGUGCCUGAACUUGCACAACAGCUUGGUCUCACUAACAUUCCCACCUUCUACUUCUUUAAGGACCGUGAACUGGUGACCAACGUGCGAGGCACCAACCCAAAGGCACUUCAGGAAACUGUCCAAAAAGUGUCUUGUUAG